AUGUCGUCAACAAAAGGCCUAGCCUACGACAGCAUAUCAGCAGAGCUUGGAUCUCACAGCCGCAAUUUGAUUAAACCAGGUCAAUGGGAGCCCAGAAUAGAGUUGUUGAUCCGAGAGGUUCAAGUUAACGGAUAUGUCAUAAUUCCACUGGCAUUUAGUAGAGCUGAGGUUGAUGAGGCUAAAGAGGAAUUGACUCGACUGACAAGAAGUGGACAAGGUGGUCCUGCUGGCAAAGUGGGACGAAACGCAUUUGAAGGCUACAAGACAGGCAGGAUAUAUGCUCUCUUGGAUAAGUCCAGAAUUUUCGAUAAAUUUGUAUCACACCCAGACGUGUUAGCCUUGAACGACUAUUUUCUGGACCCAGGAUAUUUGAUCAACGCCUUUCACAGUAUUUCAAUUCAAUCCGGAGAGAAACAUCAAAUUCUGCAUCAUGAUGAUGGGCAUGUCACAGUGCCACGGCCACAUGCACCGUUUGGAACGGGUGUCAUGGUAGCGUUAGACGCGUUCACCGAGACAAACGGUUCCACAGUCGUUGUUCCAAAGUCCCAUCUCUGGAACUCAAACCGCUGGCCUGCUCAAAACGAGGCAUUCCCAAUUGUGAUGGAAAGUGGGAGUAUGGUAUACUUUCUGAGUACUCUCUGGCAUGGCGGAGGUGAAAACAAUUCGGGGGAGGAACGAAUCUCCCUCAACAUGCAAUACUGUCAGCCUUGGAUACGGCCGUUUGAGAAUCACAUUCUGGCAGUGAGCUGGGAAAAAUUAAGCCAAAUUCCUCCGAAAAUAGUCGAUAUGAUGGGUUACAAAGUUGGAAUUCCAAUGGUCGGCCACGUAGAGGGCUCCAGUCCCCUCAGAGCAGUUAGUCGCCGACUUGACGAGUAUCGAAAUGGGAAGUCCCAAAAUAUGACAAAGCUUUAG